CACAACUUCUGCAAACACACAGGAGCAGUGAGCAAAACCUGAUGGGAUUGCCGUUCAGAAGACUGUCGCUUUUAGCAAAAUCUUCAUCGCUGCCAUAUCAUCAGGGAGAAGGUUGCAUGGGGUCCUGUUGAGCAGAUUACUGCCCCAGAAUGGCAGGAGACACUGACAUUCAGCUCCUAAAGGUGAUCAAAGAUCUUCAGAAUUCGAUCCAAGAACUUUGCAAGGCCUGGGAGAAGAAUCAGCUGCCCAUCACUGAUGCUAGCCCUGUGCUCUACGGGCUGUGCACAAAACUCGAGUACCUGUUACAGUAUGAUCAGAAGGAGAGGAAAACUAUUUUUGGGAGUCAGAAGGAUUACUGGGAUUAUAUCUGUGUGUGCCUGAAUAGUCACAAGUGUGGAACAAAUGUGCAGAAAUGUAACCACACAACAAGGCUGAAGACCUCAAUGGGGAAAGGACGAGCUUUCAUUCGAUACUGUCUGGUCCAACAGCAACUGGCAGACUCACUGCAGCUCUGCUUCCUCAAUCAGGAGCUGGCCAGUGAAUGGUAUUAUGCCAGGAAUCCCUUCCUAUCAGAGAGGCUCAGAUCUGACAUCAUGGAGCAGUUGUACUCUCUGAAUGAAAUAACCUUUGACCUAGCUUUGGAGGGUGUUGAUCUGGACACAGCAUGGCCAUUGGGCAGAAGUGAAUUUAAAACUCCCAGGAGGACAUCUGGGACUAGAAUUCCAUUCAACAAUCCCUUUAAGGUGAUGUACAAGAAGGCAAAUAAUAGGCCGGCCAAGGACCCUGAGCAUGAAAAGCCAGUGGACAUCGGAGGGAUGAAGGAAUCCAGGAAGACUGAAGUACAGGGAGUAUCAUCAGGAACAUCAGCUCCACUGGGUGCCUCAUCGAGUCUUGGUGCUCCACAAGAAAGCCAAGAUCCAAUUCUGAAAAUGUAUACUGACUCUGGUGACUCCAGGUCAGAUCCAGUUCAACAGGCACAAUCUGAAUUUGACAUGCAAAUGUUCCAACAAGAAGAACGGAACAUAGGAUUAGUGAGCAACUUGGACCAAAAGCCUAAUGGAUCAGAGCAGCCCAGAGAGAGAGGCCAAGUUGAUGCUCAGAGGUAUCAGGGAAUUGUGACCAUCUUGACAACAGAUGAGAAGAGAGUGACUGAACGAAAGGUUGUAGCAGAGCAGCAACCUCUAUUAGAGAAACUCAAUAAGGGUCUAAUGGAGAAAGAGCACAUAAUUGAGCAACUGAACCGAUUACUUGAAGAAAAAGAGAAGAUCCAUGAGGAGGAAUCCUCCAAACUUCAGCAAGGGAUCUCAAACUUGAAGGAGAUGCAGAAGAAAGGUGAGGAGGAAUCAAACAGGGUUGUGCAGCUGGAGGAAAGUAACAAGUUCCUGAAUGAAACCGUUGAGGAAAUGGAUAGGAUCCUUGAUCAACUGAACCAAGCAAUGGUCAAAAAAGAUCAUGAGAAUAUGUUACUGAGAAAAGAGGUGAAGAAGAUGGCAGCAGUCCAACAAGCCCAUGAGGAAGAGUUGGAGAAACUGAAGCUUAUGCUUGGAGAACAUCAAAAGGAAUACAAUGGAGUGAAAUGGGAUGCUGAUAAAAGGCUCAAGAUAGUGUCAGAGGAACUGAAAAACAAAGAGUCAAUUUUGGCUGGAUUUCAGAGUAAGUUCGAGCUGGAGACAGGUGAGCAAUUGGCCGAGAUGGAAGGCCUACGGUCCAAGCUGCAAAACCUGGAAUCUCUCAACAAUUCAUUAGAAGACAAGUACAAGGUGAGCCAGCAGAAGGUCAAAGAUUUAGAAAUGUCUGUCAUCGCACUUCAGUCAGAGAUCAGCAGACUCCAAGUUCUUGAGAUACAGCUACUUCAACAGAGUGGUGCUGCCAUUCUCUCCCCUGAUGGAAAGGAGCUAAAGUUGAGGGUGGACAAUGGGAAUGUUGAAGAAAACCUGAGGGAAAGCCAGAAUGAGUUGAUCAGUCAAGAGCAGGAAAGGAAUGAACUCGCGCAGGAGGAGACUACAUGCUCAGAAUCUCUUACUGCUUUGAAGCAAGAACACCAACAGGCCCUUGUGAAAAUUUCUGAUCUUCAUCAAAAGCUAGAGAAAUACAAAGCUCAAAAGCAGAACUCCAAAAACCCCAGUGAAGAGAACACAAACAUUGCAGCAAAGGAAUGGGAAAAUCUAAAGGUCUUGAAGGACAAACUGGAAGAAAUUAAUCAGAAAUUAGAGUCAUCAAAUGCAGAUAAAUCAGAAGCUAAAUGGAAACUAGAGGAAAUGGUUGCCCAACUCCACUGGUUAAUAGCAGAACAGUCAAGUAUAGAAAACCAAGCAACAGAAUUCAAAAACCAGCAUGAGGUUCUUACAGAGGAGAUGAAGACUAAGCUGGCAACAUCUGAGAGAAAGCAGGCAGAAAUGGUUCUGGUACAAACUGAAAAUACUAAACUGAAACAUAGUUUGCAAGUGAUCUCUGAGGAGAAAACAUCCACACGCAGGGAGCUGACCUCUGUACUUUCUGCUCUGGAGGAGUCUGGUCAGGAAGUCGCCAGGGUUAAAAAGCAAAUGGAAGAGCUGGACAACAAUUGUAGGCUGGAGGUUCAAGGAAUGAUGGAAAGAACUGAGGCCAUUCAAGCUGAGCGGGAAACUUUGGAGCAACAGAAGGAAGACCUAAAGAAUAAGGUUUCCUUCCUGAAUAAGGGCCUUCCGCAAUUGACGGAGAGUGCUGCAAAAAUGGAGCUGGCCAAUACCAAGACACGAGGUGAGAUGGAGAGGACACAGGCUGAGGUAGAGCAGUUACGUACACAGUUGGUACAAUUGUCCUCCAAGAAGGGUGCACUGGAGGAAAAGGUUGCGAGGAUGGGGCAGCGGCAAGUGGACGAUGUAGCCUGCAAGCUGGAGAAGACCCAGGAGGGAAAGGAGGGAGCACAAUGGCAGCUGUCAUCCCUUGCAAAGGAGAAUGAAGAACUUCAAGCUGAACUGCAGGCCAUGCGGGAUCAAAUGUGCUCACUGCAGCAAUCAAUGGCACAGGCAACCUCAGACUUUGAGCAAGGAAUGGCCAAGAAAAACGCUGAAUGUAACAGGCAAACAGAGGCUCUAAAUGAAGCUUUACUGACUGAGAGAGAGGACAUUCAACACAAAGCAAAAGAACUAAAGUCCAAGGAUGCUGAGCUCCUGUCACUAGCUGAAUCUCUAGCACGGGCCAAGAGAAUCGAAGAAGAUUUGAAGGACACUUUGAAAGAGACAAUAGAAGAUGCAAAAAGCAGGGAGGAGAAAUCCCACCGGGAAAUCCAGGAUCUCAGGGAGACACUCAGAUCACUGAAGGAGAGGACAGUGGAACUGCUUCGGGAAAAGGAUGUCCUCUGGCAGAAAUCGGAUAAGUUGGAGUUUAAUCAGCGACAAUCGGAUCAGAAACGUUUGUCAAGAAAAGAUCGAUUUGGAAGCAAGAAGUGAUUUUAAUCAGCGAGGUGAUGAUUCAGGGAGACAUUCAAUGGUUAUGUGUUUUUUUUUGGUGCCUGGAAUGGGUGACUUUCUGAUCCAUUUCAAUACGUGGUAUAUUGGUGGCAUGGGAAGCACUUUUCAUUUCAGACACUGAAAGGUAUGAUUUCCAAAAAGAUGUUAACACUCAGGAGCACUGCCAGAAAAUCUGAUCUCACCCAUUUUGCAUCAAAUUUUACAGAGAUAAUUUCCAAAAUCUGGAAGGGCUGACAGUGGAUUCAUGCAAAAUCUGACUAAAUGACCUGACCUUAAUCUUUCACCUAAAUGACCUCAGGGUGACCCAAAACUAUUAACAGCACAAGGGAGUGCUUAUGAACCAUAGUGACCAUUAUGGCAGCUAAUUUGCACAAAGGAGGAUCCUCAACAAUGUGAUAAUGAUCAGCCAGAGCAUCUGUUUCUACAGUAUUUUUGCUUUUACCUGUUUCUAGAUAUUGGUUGAAGGAUAAAUAUUGGUCAGGACUCAUGGAGAACUGCUGUCCACAUUUUCCAAUAGUGCCCAUAAGAUCACCUGAACACCUGAGAGGGCAGACAGAGCCUCAGUUUAACAUCACUUCUGACAAUGCAGCACUAACUCAGUAUUGGCCCUCCGACAGUGCAGAACUCCCUUAGUACUGACCCUCUGACAGUGCAGCACUCCAUCAGUACCACCCUUUCUUUUUCAGAAGAGGCAGAUUCACACUCGAAACUUUAACUCUGUUUCUCUCUCCACAGAUGCUGCCAGACCUGCUGAGUAUUUCCAGCACUUUCCGUUUUUAUUUCCCUCCAUCUAAUUCUUCUUUAAAUUAGCAGCUUAUUCCAUUUAAAGCACUGAAUGCACCAUCUCUUAAAUGAUUUUCCUUUGUUUUAUUCUGCUAGAAUUGAGGCAGAUUUUGCAGUGGUAAUGAUAAUAAAGCUAUCUGUGUUUGCGGUCAUCAUACCAGUGCAAGAGUCAGCAAUUUUAGGGAUGCGUGCACACACAUACUAUAGUGCACAAAUCCCAAACUUAUGGUGAGCCAUUUUGCACUACUUCAGAGCGUUUACUCUUUAACAUUGCGACAUUAACGUUGACAGGGAAAAAAUGGUACUAAUGUAAAUUUUAACUUGGUGUCCUUGGGUCAUUGCUGAUCACUAUAUUUUCCUACCUAAUGUAGUCAUUGCUGUAAUAUGGGAAAUGUGGCAGUUAAUUUGUAUGCAAUAAAAUCGCACAAGUAGCAAAGUAA